CUUGCGGUGCUGUGGGAGAGCCUGCCAUUUGUACACAAGCCCGGCUAAAGGAGAGGAAGCGACUCAGCUCAUGGAAUAUGGAGUGUAUUCCAGUGAGUAUUGAUGAUUUUGAGGGCAAAAAGGACCCAGUCAUAGAAGACCCAGAGCACAAUGUGUACACCAGGUUUAUGAAGUCCCACCGUUGUUAUGACCUUGUACCCACCAGCUCCAAAUUGGUUGUGUUUGAUACUUCACUUCAGGUGAAGAAGGCAUUCUUUGCUCUUGUUUCUAACGGUGUAAGAGCAGCACCGCUGUGGGACAGCAAGAAGCAAUGCUUUGUUGGCAUGCUAACCAUCACAGACUUCAUUAACAUUCUUCAUCGCUAUUACAAAUCUCCAUUGGUUCAGAUAUAUGAGUUAGAAGAACACAAAAUUGAAACAUGGAGAGAGCUGUACCUUCAAGACUCUUUCAAGCCUUUGGUUAGCAUAUCUCCCAAUGCGAGUUUGUAUGAUGCGGUAUCAUCUCUGCUGAAGAACAAGAUCCACAGAUUGCCUGUUAUCGACCCCCUGACAGGGAACACACUCUAUAUUCUCACACACAAGAGGAUUCUCAAGUUCCUGAAGCUUUUUAUAUCAGAGAUGCCAAAACCCUCAUUUUUGAGGCAAACCUUAGAGGAACUGAACAUUGGGACAUUCCAAAACAUAGCAGUGGUCCGUGCAGACACACCGCUGUACACAGCACUGGGCAUUUUCGUUGAGCAGCGAGUCUCUGCGCUACCUGUUGUGGAUGACAAAGGUCGUGUGGUGGACAUAUACUCAAAAUUCGAUGUUAUCAACCUAGCAGCAGAAAAGACGUACAACAACCUGGAUGUGACAGUGACCAAAGCCUUGCAGCACCGCUCUCAGUACUUUGAAGGAGUGCUGACCUGCAACAGGCACGAGACCCUCGAGGCCAUCAUCAACAGACUAGUGGAGGCUGAGGUGCACAGGCUGGUGGUGGUAGACGAGCAGGAUGUGGUGAAGGGAAUUGUCUCCCUUUCAGAUAUCCUUCAAGCACUAGUGCUUACUGAUGGAGAUGAGGGCACAGCUUGAGGAAGUCAUUCAUACACAGAAAGGCUACACAUUUUUAAGAUGGAGGUUAGAGCAAAGGGAGACAGAAUCGGCAUGUGAGAGAGGAAUUCUAACAUUAUAGUGAAGUGUCAUCCAUCUCAUUUAACAUUCACACAUGAAGACUUCUCCCUUUCUGCAAAAAGUUUGCUGAGUUUUUAGCAGCAUAGCAAUAUAUUACUGUAGUAGUACAGGACACACAGAACCUCCUAUAAAUUGAGCCAAAUUCCAUGUCACUAGAGAGCCAGAAAAGACGCAAAAGCACAAGAAGCCUCUGAAGAAGAGCUGUAGCCACACAGGAUAACCCAGCACCAUUCCCACCUCUGUGGCUGCUGUACUGAUCUGCAUAGAGGAGACAGUUAGUUAUCACUCAGAUUAAAAUAUAUUCACAAUAUUGAAACCAACCAAUUAGGAAAAACUGGUUUGCUUGCGUUUUGUUGGCUGCAUUUUACUUCCAUUAUAAGGCUAAAAUCUACAAGCACAUCAAGUCUGUCUGAGAGUAAUAUUAAAAUGUGUAACUUCAGCAGGUCAACAACACAUUACACAUAUUCCUGAGCCUUGAUCUGUGGGCGAAUAAGAUGUAAAAUGUAAACCAGUUUAAAUGAUCAUGCUGUUUCUCAUUCAGUCAGCUUAACAACGAGGUGUGUCAGAAAAGUUUCAGGAUUGGUGUCACAGAAUAUAUAUUUCAAAUCCAAACUACAAACUACAAGUUUUCCCCUUCAAAGUUAUCCCCCUG